AUAUUCUACAAAUUUUAGUUUUUCCUAUGCACUUCCGGCCGAAAGUAGUUCUCAUAUAGGUGGUUUGUGUUUUUCGGCUGUCUGUCUGUGUUGAGUUGGAGCACGUAUCGAAAGUUGCAGUGUCUUUUAUGUGCAGGUCUAAUCGGUGGAUGAAAUAAACUAGGGUCGUUAAGCGUCAGUAAAUAACAUGUAUCGUGAUCGUAACCGUGACAGAGGCCGUUCAGGAGAAGGCCGGCGUGGAGGUUAUGGUGGAGGCGGUUUUGGAGGUGGAAGGGGAUUUGGAGGAGGUGGGAGUGGCGGAGGUGGUGGAGGAGGAGGAAAUAGUCUCAAGGGGAAGCAGCCAGGUGAAAGGCUGAGGAAGCCAAGAUGGGACAUGAGUAGCCUGCAGCCAUUUCGCAAAGAUUUCUAUGUACCACAUCAAAAUGUUGUUAACCGGCCAGUGCAUGAAGUAAUCAAAUACAGAUCAUGCAAGGAAAUAACAGUGAAAGGCAAUAAUGUUCCACACCCUAACCUUGGCUUUGAUGAGGGUAACUUUCCUGACUAUGUCAUGAAUGAAAUCAGGAGACAAGGUUUUGAAGAUCCCACAGCCAUUCAGGCCCAAGGCUGGCCAAUUGCCAUGAGUGGCAGAGAUAUGGUUGGGAUAGCACAAACUGGCUCUGGGAAAACGCUGGCUUACAUUCUUCCAGCAAUUGUCCAUAUAAACAGCCAACCUCGUCUUUUGAGAGGUGAUGGUCCAAUUGCUUUAGUGUUGGCUCCAACCAGAGAACUGGCCCAGCAGAUUCAACAGGUAGCACAGGACUUUGGAGCAUCAUCACAUGUCCGUAAUACGUGUGUCUUUGGAGGGGCACCAAAAGGUCCACAGGCACGAGACUUGGAACGAGGUGUGGAGAUAUGCAUUGCCACUCCUGGUCGUCUGAUUGACUUUCUGGAGAGAGGAACUACCAACCUGAAGCGCUGUACUUACCUUGUUCUGGACGAGGCAGACAGGAUGCUUGACAUGGGAUUUGAACCACAGAUACGCAAGAUCAUUGAACAGAUUCGACCUGAUCGACAGGUACUGAUGUGGUCUGCUACAUGGCCCAAGGAAGUGCGUAAUUUGGCAGAGGAGUUUCUUAAUGACUACAUCCAAAUCAACAUUGGUUCACUUCAACUUGCAGCCAACCAUAACAUUCUUCAGAUUAUUGAUGUGUGUCAGGAAUAUGAGAAGGAAACUAAGUUGCUGAAACUUCUGGAGGAGAUAUCACAAGAAGAGGAGAGUAAGACAAUUAUAUUUGUUGAAACAAAGAGGAAAGUUGAUGAUAUCACACGGAGCAUUAGCAGAUAUGGGUGGCCUGCAAAAAGCAUUCAUGGUGACAAGUCUCAGCAGGAGCGUGAUUAUGUGUUAUCAGAGUUUCGAAGUGGGAAGAUAUCUAUAUUGGUAGCAACAGAUGUAGCAGCACGUGGUUUAGAUGUUGAGGAUGUGAAAUUCGUCAUCAACUUUGACUACCCACAAAGUUCUGAAGAUUAUGUCCAUCGUAUUGGACGUACAGGACGUUCGCAGCGUACAGGCACUGCAUAUGCAUUCUUCACGCCCAGCAAUGCAAAGCAGGCAAAUGACUUGAUUGCUGUUCUGCAGGAAGCCAACCAGGUGAUCAAUCCCAAACUUCAUGAGAUGGCACAGAUGGCACGGUCUGGUGCAUUUGGAGGACGGAAUCGAAGUCGCUGGGGUAAAGGUGGCGGCGGAGGUGGCAGUGACAGAGGGCCACGUGGCAGUGCCAAUGACAGGCCAACUCGAGGUCGGGGUGAUGAUAGGGGACCUCGUGGAAGGAUAGGAGAUGACAGAGGACCUCGAGGUGGCAAUGACCGUGGAGAUCGUGCAGGUGACCGAGGUGGUCCACGAGGAGGCAAUGACCGUGGUCCAAGGGGGGGAGGUGCAAACAGAGACAGGGGUGGGAGAUCUAGUCGCUGGGGAGAUAAGAGCCAGGACCGUGGAAGUAGGUUCUCAAACAAUAAUGAACCACAGAAUGCAAACUUCCAGCCACUGGGCAACCCGUCUUCUGGCAGCAGGGGAGGGCUAGGACAGAACAAUGCUUCUCAGAUGGGUGGGCGAGGUGGUUUGGGGCAAAACCCACCUCCACUUUUGAGUAUCCCACAACAGCCCCCACCCCCACCCCCACCACAGACGGGAAACAUGAAUCAUUUUCAACAUAACAGUUCUAAGAGCUCUGCCUCUACACCAUACUACCAGCCCAACAACCCCCCUCCCAAUAUGACCAAUAACAAUGUGGGAUACACAGGCUAUGGUCAGUAUCAGCAGAUGAAUGGCUAUGCCUACAGUCAACCCCCACCACCACUUCCGAAGAAUUAGGGAAUUAUAUGUGUUGUGCCUGUUGUGUUAGAGCUUAUCACUAGGUAGCAGCACAUUCCAGUCACAUAAGCCUUUUUAUUCCCUUAUUUCAGUGACGUAUAUUUGCUGUUUUCCUUUUUAGAAAUAUAAUUUAAUUUUUAGUACAGUUGCAGCCAUACUGCUCAUGGAUGGUCUGUACAGUUGUCAAAUUGUUCUGCAGUUCAUUCAAUAACCGUUCUUGAUUUCAAAGUACAUAGGCUGUACAGUAGAACCUGCUUGUAAUGGAGUCCUGAGGAACCUGACCAUUUUUGUUUGUCAUAGUUUUCCUUCAAAAAGAAAAUAUUGCACAGUUCAUUUCUGCUAUAUUUGUGAUCCAUAUCAUAAGCCAGAAAUUUAUGCUAUGUCUGUACAGUACACUGUUACCAUGUAGCCUUAUAUUUUUUUUUCAUCAGACCAUUAAGGUAUUUGCACAUGCCUUUUUGACUGGUUUAAUAUUUUCAUCUUGUAGCAGGAAUGGUCUGUCUCAGAUAAGUUACAGGAGGGAUAAUACAAAACAGAAUGUAACAGAAUUGUAAAUAUUUGGACAGAUUUGCUUUUCUGUUCUGUGCAUUGAACUUCAUGGCUGAAAGGUAUAACUUUUACCAUAGUAUGUAUUUGUAGCUGGGCAAAUGGGAGUACAUUGUCCUGUUAUGUCAUGAUAUUAAAGAUUCUGUACUCAAGAGAAUGGAACAUUUAUUCACCUUAUUUAUCUGAAGUUCUUUUGUAGGCUUCUAAGAUUGUGAGAUAUGCAUUUGUAAUUUAAUUUUCUGCUUCUGAGUGGUGGAUCUGUUUACUGAUGUUCCCCCGAGGCUUCACUAUAUUUAAAUAUUUAACAAUCCUGAGCAGCCAGUAUGUUUUUAUUUUUUUGUGUGNGGGGGGGGGUCCAAAGACUGUGUAGAUGCUUUAAAGUUGCCUCUGCAUAUGUCAUUGGUUCUGUCAUAAUAUUCACAUGAAAGCUUUCAGGAGUAACCAGGCUAACCUGUUUUUUUUAUUAAGAAUUUGAUACUAAAAAUCUGAAGUACAGGAAUGACGGUAAUGUUACAGUGGUGAAAUUUUUUUGUGCAGUUACAAUAACAGCUGCAGAAAUACGUUCUGCUGUGUCUCCUCUGUCUGUAUGCAGAAAACUACUUAAAAAGAGUGUAGUGGAUAAUUAAGAAAUUUUUUAUUGGGAAGUUCCCACUGUCAUGUCAGCACAUUCCACGUUUUGUUGAAAUCAGACAUUGCACACUGCAUGUAGAUUCUGCAUACUUCUGUUUAUGUCUGAAGCAGAACUUGUAUUUGGUGCAGAGGGUGGCAAGUGAAAGUAGAGAAAAUUAAACACACAUUUCAUUUGCAGUACAUUUGUUCUAUAAGCCUUACAAUUUUCAGUGUAGUUGAAGAAAAAGCAUUAGCAUGUCAGAUUUGUUUUGCUCUGCAUUUCUAUUUGUAGUGCCAGCAGGCUUCUCAGUAUUGUGUGGGCUGAUACAUCCUGAUGCAGGAGUAUUAACACAACACCACAAAGUACUUGAAACACUUAUAUCGCUAUAUAUGAAGGAAUCUUUCUCAUUUCAUUUCAGUGAGAGUGUAGAAAACUCUUAUCUUUGAUUGCACUGUAUCCAUAGAAGCAAAUAUAAAUAAGCAUAUUUUGUGUAUGAUGAUGCCAUUGAAUUUGAAAGGAUAGGGAAAAGUUGAUGUGGCAUAUUGAAAGGUGCUAUCAUUGUAUUUGCUUGGAGAGACUGAGGAUAUCAAUAAAAACAUUUUGGUAAGAAGUCAGUAUCCUGGCUAAGAUUAGAAUGUGACAUUUCUUAUAUUCAAGUCAGAAGUAAUGCUUGAUCUAAGUUGCUUGGUUUCAUACACAUGCAAACCUUUUUUUUGUGUGUGGGGGGAGGGAUGUUUUCACAUUUAGUGUAGACAGAUCCUGUGUGUGAAAUUUUAUGGCUGUAUAAACUACUCAUCACAUGCUUCAACGUGUGAAGAGACGGUGAAACCUGUUGAGACUCGAAAUGACACAUGCCAAGAGAAAAGCAGCACAUUAGCAUAGGUGAGAAAAUAUGCAUUAGGCUAUUGCUUUUCAGUUUGCAGCUAUCUAUUUGUUGUAUGACAGUAUACUAACAUUAAACAAGAGCACAUACAAACAGAAGACUGGCUGUAUUAGACCUGACUGUAUUUUGGAACAAACACAUACCAAGGGGGGAAGGAAGUCAAGGGUACUGAUAUGUCAUCAAAAGUUUGUUGCACCAAAUGCACUUAUUCAAAUGUAUUAUGAGAAUCGAAGAAAAAAUGUUAUAAAGGAGUGCUGAAUAAACUGUUUAUAUAAACCAUUUAGAAAUUCAGAAAAAAGUUGAUAUUCUAGCUUAAAAAUGUAUUAAAUACAGUUCAUUUCCUAACACUCACCACCAGUAAAAUAUAAAUGGCAUUUUAAUCUCACAGAAUGCAAGAACAUGGAUUUAAGCAUCUUGUACAUUGAAGUGAAACAGAUUCCAUGUAUUGGAUUAAAAUUUUAUGGAAUUUUCCACUACAUUCCCAGGCUAAAAGAAGUGUCAAGAUAAAGACAGAUUUCUGUUUGAUUUGGGUUCCAGUUUAAGAUGGAUUUUACUGUACUUCUUUAAUGGGUAGGUUUGUAUUAAAUGAGUUAUCAUGCACACAACAUUAGAUUGGAUCCCUGAUUGUUAUGUUUGCUAUGUUAUGUAUAAGGAACACCACUGCAUUAGUAUGUGUGACAUUUUGUAUCUUGCAUACCUUGCUCUAUUGACGUGGGAACAAAAUAAAUGUGCCGUGAUUUCCUCUGACAGUAAGGGCACCAUACGAGCCUGCCUGAGGCAUGCUAUGUUAAGUUAUGAGUAAACAUUUUUCUUGUAAUUUAAAAAUUGUACUUUUGUCAGUAUUUCCUAGAGUUUAGUGACAGCCUGCUCCUGUGCAAUAAUGUGAUAGUGUCUUGGUUUCACCCAUCAUGUAAUCUCAGUCUUUGUAGUGUAGGUAUUUUAUAAAUUGGAAAUAAAAAAUACACAGUAAUGGUAUUAUCUACUUAAUCA